GCAGCCGCCGCUUAUCGUCCCUCCCAUAGUUGAGCCCAGCUGCACCUUGUCCUUGCUGUCUGUUAUCCACCACCAAACUCCGUCUCCUCCGUCACUGCUGCUCGGCUGCACUUCAACACCCCUCGCCAACCUCUCCUCUCACUCCGUCCUUGAGGCUCUGAAAAAAGGCUCCUCAUCCCGGCCCUUCCAACCAGUCCGUGACCUCGGUCUCAUUCCGCAAACGCCGAUCACUCAGCCAGGAAGCCUCAUAAGCGCAUAUCUCACCUCCAUUUCACCAAAGGUCCCUCCACGCCGGCUUUCCCUGACACUUUCGCACAUCCUCGGCCGGCAGCUUCCCAAAGACUCACAACUAUCAUCUCGAAAGGCUUGAGUGGCCGGCGCCGGAAGCUCAGAGACAGUGUACCCAGGCCCCAUUGCUAAAACAUGGCGGUGGUAUCCUCGUCACGCACCAGUAGCGAAUCGUCCAGGCCUAGCCUGGACGGCAUCGACGCCCUCGAAAAGGACAAUCUCCUCGACCAGGAUGUCGAGGCGCAGAAGUUCCACGAGCAAAAGCCCGCACAACCCAUCAACCACGAAGACACCAUUGCGACGAGAAAGAAGCUCAUUGCGCUAGCGGGCUACUUUGUCUGCAACAUUGGGCUCACUAUCUACAACAAGGCCAUUUUGGGUUCUUUCAAGUUUCCAUGGCUGCUGACCGCCCUCCAUGCCGGCUGUUCCUCCAUCGGCACGAGUGUAAUGCUCCAGAUGGGCCACUACCAUGCUGCCAAGCUGAACCAACGCGAGCACCUCGCGCUCAUCGCCUUUUCGUUUCUGUUCACAAUCAACAUUGCGAUAUCCAACGUGUCAUUAGCCAUGGUAUCGGUCCCGUUCCACCAGUUGGUCCGCGCCCUUACGCCUCUUUUCACCACGAUCUUGUUCCGGGUGUUCUUCAACCGCACAUACUCGACGGAGACAUACCUGUCACUCAUUCCCAUCAUCUUCGGUGUCACGCUUGCGACAUACGGCGAACUCACCUUCAGCGACCUCGGCUUCAUCCUCACCUUCCUGGGCGUGCUCUUGGCCGCGUUCAAGACCAUCGUCACCAACAAGAUGAUGACGGGAUCUCUCAACCUCAGCUUCUGGGAGAUCCUGCGCCGCAUGUCGCCCAUGGCCUGCGUCCAGUCAAUCAUCUAUGCCUGGCUCACGGGUGAGCUCUCGGCAUUCUACAAAUUCUUCACCGAGGAGCUCCUGUCUCCGGGCUACAAGUGGUCGCCUUGGCAAUUCUUCCUCAUCAUGGCCGGCAACGGCGCCCUGGCCUUCGCCCUCAACGUCUCCAGCUUCAGCACCAAUAAGAUUGCUGGUGCCCUGACGAUGACCGUCUGCGCCAACAUCAAACAGUGCCUCACCAUCAUUUUGGGCAGCCUGCUGUUCGAGGUCAACCUGAGCAUCAUGAACAUGUGGGGCAUCCUGGUCACCGUCGCUGGCGCAGCCGUGUACUCGUUUGUCGAGCUGGACAGCAAGCGGAAGAUGAAGGCUGCCCAGGCCGCGGCUGCUGCCGCCGGUCCAGCACGCCACUGAGUGCAUCAUGCCGAGUCAUGGCCAAAGGGUCGUCGCACGCUACCCUUGUCGCAGUGAUCCCGACGGCACUGACGAAGGCCACCUGCAUGGACGCCACAUGGACGCCACCAGGUCUGCCAACGACCUUGUCUGCGCGUUCUCUGACGUGUACCCACGUAUAGAGCCGAGAGAAAUUGUGGUGGUUUCAGUCUUACCCCAGACUAUUUUCGGGGCAUGUUCUCAUCUGAGGUCGUGGGGGAUGACGCGGCCGCCCCGCGAUGGCACCAACCAACCGUGCCACCCUUUCCAACAAGCGCCAUGCGUUUUUUUAGUGUCGUGCAUUUGCAACCGGAGUUAAGGAGAUAUCAUUUGUUUUUUUCAAGAGACCCAGCAUAUAAAUCUGGCAACAUAACAGCACCAUGCGCCUGUCCUGGUGGCUUCUGGCCAAUUGGCAGCCAGACUGUACAUAACGUUCAAUCCACAAGACUUCUAGCCAUGACGAGGCAUCGGCCUGAU